UGGAGGCUUAAAAAUGGAAAGUUUCUGGGGGUUCGAACAAGAAGAAAAGGAGGCCUCUGAAGCAGCCAUAGAAAAAUUCCACUGCACUCUCGGCGAUCGCUUUGAGCGAGAUAGCGAGACCUAUUCACACACAAAAGAUGAGUUUGGUAUGACACCGCUCCAUUACGCAGCGCAGUUAUUGCCAACGGGAUAUUGGAAGGGACGUGAGAAAUGGAACUCGCUACUGAAGGGCCUCGAACUGGAUGAUCUGAACGAGCAGGAUGAAGACGGUCGUACCCCACUGUCUCAUGCAGCAGAGCUUGGAAAAUCGUGGGCUGUGAAGAAUUUGAUUGAAGCUGGAGCGGACCCCUACCGAUGUGACAAAAUGGGACGAUCGGUCUUAUCCUGGGCAGCACAAUCCGGUGGAAAAGAAUUGAUUAAGCUACUAAGUUGGAAUGUCGGGUACUCUAAUGACAAGGAUAACCGAGGCUGGACACCCGUGCAUUAUUUCCUACAAAGGGAGCCUGAGCCAACUGAAGGAUAUUAUUUCGGGGUUUUUCCACUUAUCUGGGACGAAAAACAUUCCCUUAAAAUGGAGCACUUUCAAUGGCGCAAAGCUCCUGAUGCCUUUGGCCUCACCCUGCUAGUGCGUGCUGUACGACUCGAAAGGCUACUUGCGAGGAAUGCUCACACUCGAUCUGAACAUCUGGAAUGGCUUGUUACCAACAAUUAUUUGUUUGCCAAACUGCAAGGACCAAACAAAGAGACCGCUUUCCAUAUAAUGCUUGACAUCCCUAAUAUUGGCGUUAUGGAGCAUCACCUCCAACAAGCCAUAGUCGCCCAAGUACCUGACUUGCCUAUGGACACAGUUGAAGCUCCAACAAAUGUGAGCUCAUUAUUUCUUGAGAAAGCCGACAGACGUGGCUUAACGCCUUUAGCUUUGGCAAAAGAGAAAAGACUGCUACCGAUAGUGAAGCUUUUCCUUCGGUGGCGUGCCAAAGUGGAUUGCUUCAAACACAAAGCGGACUGGUUUAAUCUAUUGCCGGACAGUAAGAAUAUGGCAUCUUUCUGCAAUCUGGAGGAAACGUAUCGGAAUGUUUCAUUUGAGCUGGUACGAAAGAAGAACAAUAUCCUUGUCUUCGACUUCUACCAAGCAGAGGAUGUAACUCCACAAGGACAUCUUGUCGAACGAUGCGAUAUGCUUCGGCAUCUCUGGCUACACAAUAGCAAACAAAAUUGGAUAGCCUCGUUGCAGCAUGGUCUCUACCAUAAUACAGGAUCCUACUCAUACAGCCGCGUGCAUCUUGACACAAAAUUGUCCGAAAUAACUUGUGUUCUAACAGUAGAAUUCCCCAACCCGGAUGCAGGAUUCUUCAAGAGACAUAGCCCAUUCCACUCUCAGGGUAUAGCAAGCCAUAAAUACUGGUGCAUAUCGUGGACAAGGCCACAUUUUGUGAAUACAAACGGCGACGUACAGCCGGUUUCCUACAGCAGUACUAUCUCUCACGGCCAGAUUCCUGCAAGCGAUGACAAAUUCCUACAGCAAUACAUUGGCGAAUUAUUUCAGGAAUGGUCCCUGAUAUGCGAUGAAAUUGAGACGCAUGUCAUUGAUCAUUGCAAUGGUGACGAGACGAGCGCCACUGUUCUGAUUACUGACCUAGCUGAUGAUUCACGUUACUUGGCCACCAUUCAGAAGGCCCUUCAAGACCAGGUAAAGGGAAUACAGAAGGCAAUCAGUGAAUAUCGCAGGGUGGAUGCAUACCACAGUCUUCGUUUGCCAGAGGCAGAAGAGGGUCUCGGACAACUGAAGGCGACUAUCACUGAUCGACUAGAUAAGCAACAUGAACGCGUGCGCGAUCUCCGCCAAAUGGAAUUUGCUAGGCUUUCCGUUGAAGAAACGGUUUUCAUGAGACGUAUCAGUCUAAUCACUUUUAUCUUCUUACCAUUGAUGUUUGCAUCGCAACAGAGUCUCUUUGGCAUGAACGUCAACGCGCUGCAAAGCAACCCUGACUGGCGCUGGUAUAUCGUGUUCGGCGCCGCAUCCCUUCUUUUGACCUAUGCCUUGUGGAAGGUUUCAGAUCAGAACGUCCGAUAUUCCCAGAUAUGGUCUAAAAUAUGGGAGAGACGGGCCAUGAAGAACAAGACCAAGGAUUGUGAAGGCUAA